CAAUGAUAUCCACCUCCAGAGGAUUCUAUGAACUAGGAGAGCCGUGCAGCCAACAGACCGACAUCUGACUGCAGCUACAACUGCCAGAUGCCAAUGAUAUUUCAUGGAAGAGAAGCAUUUCUUUUGAAGUUUUUUCAGAGUAAUCGGUGAUACAAUGUCUCCAUUCGCGUCCAAGUUGUUGCGAAACCUUGGCUCCUUCUUAUUGGCAGGACAUAGAGCCAAUCUCUGCCUUCUGCCCAGUAUAUAAUCCAUUUUUUAGAAGAGAAAAGCUUACACCCAGCAAGGACUGACCAGAGAGAAGUCCCUCUGAGCUUUACACGGGAAAAUGUCCGCGUUCGUCGCAGUGGGUGUGGCCGCCCUCGCUGCCUUUUUGGCUAAAUGGCUUUUGAGUGGAAAUAAUAAUCCCACUAAUAAUAAUGGGAUGUAUCCGGUUCCAGGGAGAUGGUAUCAUCUGAAGAAAAAUAUUUUCUGGCUGCUGGUCCAGUUAGGCUCUGUCCUUCAGUCCCUUGGAUUGAGGAAGUCACCUGGGGAAAAGCCUGCGCCGCUGACCGAAGACGAUCAGAGAAAGAUAGUGCCAAACGCAGAGACGACGCAUUUUAUCGAUUCUGUGUACUUCAUGGCGGUAUCUAAAGUGGACAAGAGCUUCCUAAUAUGCCGCAUCGCUCGGAGGCAGAACAAAAAGUGCGAAGCUUGGCUUUUUUUGAGAGUGGAUGGCGUUGGCGAUUUUCAACACACCGAGCACCCCGACACCAUUGUGGAUGAUGAUUCUGACACGGCCUGGAGAACCUCUGGAUUCUGCAUCGGAUAUGAGGAGCCACUUCAGAAAUGGAAAAUAACCUUUAAUGGGAACCUCAGAAAGGGGCCAUUCCAAUACCGUGACAGCAAAGACGAGACGCAGACCAUUCAUGUGAAAUUCUCACUUCUCUGGACUCCCAAAUCCAAGCUUUUUGACUUUGGAUCGGGGAUGCACCCCGGUGCUAUCACACACAGCAUGGCCCUGGAGGACAUAAAUCGUUUGCCGGCGAUAUUGAGAUCUAGUAAUGAACAUUUCCGCUUUGAGCAGUGGGGCGACUAUGAUAUAAAUGUGGCGAUUGAAGGCCAGGAGAGGAAGACACUUAAAAUGGAAGGACUUCGCAAUCGUUCAUAUGGUCUGAGAAACUGGGCAGAAUUCCACCGAUAUAUCAUGUUUUUGAUGGUGUUUGAGACGGGGGAAUUGGUACAUCUGAACGUGGUCAGCAUUCCUCAGACUACAAGACAUUUUACUCUAGGUUACAUGUUUCUCCUGGAUGGUAGGAAGGAGGGAAUCCAAAGCUCCAAUGUUCUCCUCUCACAGUAUGCGGAGGAUGAGGACAUCAAAGAUCAUUACGUGUUCAACUUCACAGCAGGAGGUAAAACAUACAAUGUGUGCGCCAAGCUCGAUCAGAAGACCAGCCCCUUUGUCUAUAACGGAAAGCCGCCAGUCGGAUUCACACACGAAUGUAUCGCCGAUUUCACGAUGGCUCCUGCGCACAAAGGGUGGGGCGUAGUUGAGUUUUAUUUCAGGAAGGAGCAAUGACUCUGUGGCCAGGCUGCCAGUCAUCGUAGUUCAUCCAGUAAUGUGAUCAGCCAUCCAGUAUAAGAUUACCAUUGUUCCUGUUGUAUCAGAUUCUUUCCCCUGUGUCCAUAUUUUAGGCAUGUCUGAUCUUUUGUAUGAUGUUUAUUCUUAUAGUAGGGGGAUUCUGUAUAUUAGAACAUGAACCUCACUAUACAGAGGGCGCUUGUCACUGCCGCAUGGCGUUCCCGUCUGUCCGUUCAUGUAGCCAAGCUGAGACCUCUAUUUGUAUUUAAAUAUUUUAACGGCUAACUGGGGAAGAUUUUAAUGUUCAAUAUCACUAAAAAGCUGCAGUCUUAUCUAUGGAAUAAAAUAAAUAUUUUUGCAUUCAA